AUGAAGCUCACUUUUGUCCCUAUCGCCUUUGUCCUUUCCACCGUCGUAACAAGCCAUGUGACGCCUGGCCAGAGCAAGAUCCUUUCGGCGUCAAUGCUGUCGGGCAUGUUCUUUGGAACGAACACGCCGGAAGCCGCUGUUCCGGCAAACAUUGCAGCAACUGUUGAAGCUGCAGUUGGAUCUGACGCUCCUUCCGGCGGAGAUGAACUGAGCGCUAGCGCUACAAGCGGCUCUGCAGACCUGACUCCAAAGGCCGAGGUCGUGAGGGAACUUGCUGAACAAACGCAGCAAGCCGACUCAGGAGCUCCUGGACAAGAAGUAAUGGCGAGCCAGACUGAUGCUCGAGCAGUGAAGGCCGAAGCGGCCACUGAGAAGAUCAUUGCAGGUGCCCCUGACAGUGGAGCUCCUGCAGCAGCCCCAAGCGUAGAAGCUUCUAAGGAAACGAAAGCUCCAGCAACGAGCAUGGAGAAGCAGCAGCUUACCGAGGAGGACGCCGCGAAGAAUUCUGAGCUUUUGCAGUCCGUCAGCGAGUCUGCUGAAACAUCUUGGAUCUCUAAAGUCAGCAAAGACAGCGCCAUUGAAGCUCUUCUUCCCCUUGUUGCUCUGACCCCUGUCUUGGCGGCCGCAGGGUUCCAUGCUGACAUUGACGAAUCGACGCCUGGUGCCCCUCUUGUUCGGUUCCCAAGUAUCGACUACGCCGUAAGCGUAGAAGACCUCAAGAACUACAACUAA